AAUGAGUUUAAUAUUAUAAAUAAUGGAUUAGGAAAGCAUAAGGGUACAAGUUGUAGAUAUUAUUCUUGUAUAUGGGUUCAGAGAAAAGCUCAAGAAAUGAAAUCUCACCUUGUAAUGAAAUGUAGAGGAAGAAUUGUAUAUUCAGGUAUUUCAUUUUCAGCCUUUAACAAUCCUUUCUUUGAAGAUUAUAUCAAGUUAUUAAACCCUAGUUAUGAUCUACCUAAAUGUAUUAUAUUAGCAUCAUCAAUUUUAGAUGCAGAAGCAGCAAAUAUUAUAAUAAAAGUAGAAAAUGAACUAUCUAAGGCUAAAAAUUUAACUUUAUGC